UGAGCCGUUGAUAGCCAUCAAAAUGUAAUUGUUCAACACAACUCUCUUUCCUCUUCUAUAAAAUAAACCCUAAGAACAACAUUUCUUCUCAUUAAAAAAAAAAGAAAAAAGAAAAUAAGGCCUCUCUGUCAACCUAGCUAAUAUCUUUACAUAUCUUCUCUUGUUUGCGUUUCGCUCCCCUUGCUUUUUUUCUCUGUUUGAUCAGUCAAUUAAUCAAUGGGGUUUCUUCAUAAGCUCUGGGACGAAACGCUGGCCGGCCCAGCGCCUGAAACCGGCCUUGGCAAGCUACGCAAGUAUGAUUCUUUCACCACCAGUACUAAUACCAGAUCAUCUCCUACCUCUCAUCGUCAUGAUAAUAAUCAUAUUGCUGUAACAAGGAGUAUUAGUAUCAUUAGGAGUACUACUUCUAACCUCUCCGUGGAUCCGGGAUCGCCUCCUGAUUCCCCCGCCGGUUCUACAACUCCUGCCACUCCUGGAACACCCCUGUCACCUGGAACACCUAGAACGGAUUUCAAGAGAUUGAUGAGGAGAAAAUCGUCAGCUGAAGCAUUGGAAAGCGCUGAGUCAAGAAGUCUGAUUAUUUACGAUUGGAUUGUAAUGAGUGCAUUGGAUCGUUGAGAGAGGAAGUAAGGAUUUUGUUUUUAUGGAUAGAACAAGAGACAACUGACAGAAGGAACCGAUCGACAGUCGUUGGAGUUUCCGAUCGAUAGAGAGAGGAAAGAAAUUAGUCAGUGAGCCUUUAAUUUGCUCAUGUUUUCUUCUUUCUUCUUUCUCAAAUUUCUUUGUAAAUAUGAAUGUGUGUUUCGUUUUUUAUUUCUUGGUUUUCUUUUUAAUUUGUAAAUAUGGAUUAUUGUAUAUGAAUAUAAUAUUCUCCUCUUUCAAUGAAACUCUCUAUCUCAAGCUUGAAAACCA